AAGAUUAACAAUGGCAAAAAAUACAGAACAAUCUGAAAGUAUCAUCGAGUAAAGCUUGAUCGUAAAUCCCUAGUGAGCUACUGUCAACAGAGCCCGAGAUUGAAAGACAUCUUAACAGAACCACAAAGAGCAGGUUUUACAAGAUGGCGAGCGCUACCCCAACGAUCAUAGCAGCUGUCGUAGGCAUCGUAGCUUUACUCAUAGUUAUUCUAAUCCCGACCAGCUUCUCUAGUGUGGAAUAUUACGAGCUCGGCUUCAAGAGACGAAAGUCCACUGGUUUUGUAGACAUCAGCGAGGUCUACACUUCUGGUCGGUACUUUGUGGGACCUGACUACACCUUCAAGGUUUUCCCAGCUGAUGCUCAUUUUGUCGAGCUUGACGAGAUUUCUGUGUGGACUGGGGACAAAAUCGAAAUCAAAAUCAGUUGCAAUUUUCAAUAUUUUCUGAGAAAGGAUUUUCUGCCAGAUUUACACGAAGCCUACAAUGUCGACUACAAGCCUGUGGUCAGGGGAACGGCUAUUGACGCCAUAAAAGGGCGCGCUGCAGAUUUACCGAUCGACGACUACAUAAGGAACCGAGAAAAUAUCGAAAAGGAAUUGUUCAAAGCUCUUGCCAAGCGUGUAGAUGGCUGCUGCAGGGAAACCUGUCCUACCGACGAAGAGGAGAUGCCCGCUUGUGGCUACUGUAUUAAAAAUUCCUUGUGUGAGGAUGACGAAAGAGGAAUGUUCGUGGAAGUCAGAUACUUCCAGCUAUUGGCGGUCGAUGUGCAUGAAGAUGUGAAAAGUCGGUAUCUCCGUCAAGUCACAGAGGCAGCUGAAGAAGAACGUGCCCAAUUUGAAUUGCGGGAAAAGGUUGUUCGAAAGGAAACCGAGAGGAUUAAGAACAAGAUCUACAACGAAGCUCGAGAGAUUGCUCAGAAUGCGAGCGCCAAAGCCGUUGUUAUCGACGCUGAGGCAAAAGCGAAAGCUCUACGAGUGGUAGAAGAAGCGAGAUCGGAAGGCCUCAAGAACCUGUACUCAGAACUAGGGAUAACUACUGACGAGGAGAAAGCUGCUUUUAACUACCUACGAUCAUUACGGCAAAACAAAAACGUCAAACUUAACGUCGGCUACAAAUCCCUCGCUCAAUUCCAAAAUUAAGACCCACUAACAAUGAGUCGCUGACAUUGCCAGAAUUUUUUGUUUUUGCAACCGAGAGCCUGGCUUAGGCUGACAUAGCCACUGUAUUUAGGGGGCUGUUAAUUCACGAAGUGACGCCGGUAUCAAAAGUGCCCAUCACUCUCGUUAAGAAGAUGAUUGAAUUUGUAAGUAAAAGUGCUUGGUUUUGUA